AUUAGAGGGCGUGCUGUGUUUUCAGAUUUUAACCGGAACUGGAAGUUCUUGACUUUUCAAUAUUUCUGUUUUUUUGUUGAUUUCGGGUUUACUGUAAGUUAAAAUUAAUUAUUUAUAGUAAAUUAUUUUGAUUAACAAUCAAUAAAACUAAAUUUAGUCAAGAUGCAAAACGACCAAGGUGAAUGUGUUGAUCUUUACAUCCCAAGAAAAUGCUCAUCGUCAAACCGGAUUAUUCAUGCUAAGGAUCAUGCUUCAAUCCAAAUCAACAUUGCUGAUGUCGAUGAAGAUGGUAUGAUGAUCCCCAAUUCAACCACUUCUUAUGCCAUUUGCGGUGAUCUUAGACGAAUGGGUGAAUCAGAUGAUUGUAUUUUAAGGUUAGCUAAAAAGGAUGGUAUAAUCGCUAAAACAGUUUAAUCGACGUAUUUUUGUUCUUGACCAUCAUAUGUUAAAGUCGUCAUUAGAUCAUAAUGAUGUCGCCUUCUAUUAUCAGUACCAUAGUAAUGGACUGUUUGUAUUAAUUUAAAGAAAAAUUAUCAGAUCAAUAAAAAUUGUCUGAUUUUCAAAUUGA